GAAGGCCAAAACCAAGGCCACUUCUCCUGUGAACAAUGCCGAACCAGAAGACGCCUUCGCUGCAGCUCCAAAAGGUAAAGCAGGCAAGGCUCCGCCUCCGGCAAAGGGGCCACCUCCAAAAGCAAAGGGUAAGGCUAAAGCGGUGGCGAAAGCGCUUGAAGCAAAGCCGGAACCUAUGGCGGAAAAACCACAAGAUUUUCGGAAAGGAGACUGUCGUAAAAUCGUUGAGGACGCGCUAAAGACCGCGUUUGCAGGUGAAGCAAAAAAGUAAGGCUUGUUGUACUUGUAGCCAGUCAAAGAGGUGGAAAGUGAAACAGAAUAAGUACCUAUUUUGAUGGAGUGCUUGUCGAGAAGCGCAUCCAGAAGAAGUGGACCACGAUUCGCGUCCUAGAAUUACAUGUGAGGUCUUCUGAUAGUCACAGUGCAGGGUGGAUUUACUACAAGAACAUUUUUUACACACAAAAUCUCUAACAUGAGCGUCAACUGCUCGGGGUGCAUGUUUCGCCUGUCUUGAUUCCGAAAGAUGCUGGCGCCACACUCGCAGACAAGAUGAAUAUCCCUCAAGCAUGCAGAAAGUCGGCUACUCCAGGAAUUUUCCUCGAAGUGGAUAGGAAAUUGACGCAAGAUGUUAAGAAAGCGCCUGUAUCCCACUAUUGAUUUUGAUUGAUUGCUCUUCAUCUGAUUUUUGUCUACGUACUGUAAAAACUAGAAGCGAUGUAGUUUCUUGCACACACACACAUAUAGAAAUUGAAGUGGCCAUCUUGAUCUUCUGCUAACCUAUGUGGCAGCGACAUCGAGGCAAUUGAAAAGAAAGCAGCGGCGCUUCUAGUGGAAGCAUUUUCUACUAGCAAGGAGUCAGAUCAUAGCAAGAAGAAAGGGGGUGGCGGACCUAAGAAGGAGAAGGCCACGGUCAUGCGCCAGGAAAGUCGCGCGUCCUUGAUUUCGGUCUUUUCAACGCUUAAAAGCAAUGAAGAGAAGGUCUUGCGGCUCGUUGCAGAGCACUUUCCUCUAGACACGGUUCGCGCCAAGAACGGAGAUGGAAUUGAAGCUGUAUUUGUGAAGAAAGUAGAAACUGCGGCUGCGUCUGAUGAAGAAACUACUGCGGCUGCGUCUAAUGAAGAAGCGAAAAAAACUACCUUUACUGAGGAAAUUCACGCCGUCAGCUGGAACUUAUCUGAAGGUUGGGAGACGUUGAUCCGAGCUGUCCUUUUGAUUUUUCGAGAACCGUGGCGAUUUUCCAACAACGAGCUGCUAGUGGACUUGACGCCUGUGCUCAAAGAUCUGUCGGAGUAUAUUGGUUAAGGCGAUGAGUAGACGAUAGUGAUACGCAGUAUGAUAAUUUCAUUUCAAGUCCAUAUUAGUACAUGCCCAGAAAGCGGGCCCAUCAAGGGCCCGCUGCGCUGGGCAUAGGUUAACAACUAGACAGGUUGACUACUAAGAGACAGAAAGACAAACGAAAAAAGCCGCCAAGUCUGCUCGCCAAGGCUGGGAAGCUGACUCCCACUGUGGCGAGGCUAGUGAGGAGGCUACCGCUAUGGCAGGCUACUGCCUUGGCCAACUUGCUUGCUAAGAGCAAGCCAAUGGGCGCCAAGGCUGGCCCGCUGAGCGUCAUGGAGUCCAUGAGAAGGCCACGCCUGGACAUAUGUAGGCACAGAGGUUGGGCCCUUUUGAGUGUGAUCAUGUCCAGGAGAAUCCUAAAGCAUAGCAUACCCAUGGGAUGGCAAAAGGCUGACACUGGCGAGCGUCAUGGACGAGGCCCAUGAGAAAGCCACGCUUGGGCAUAUCUAUGCGCAGAGCCAGGAGCUGGGCCCCAAUCUUCAGGCGCGGGGAUGUGUCUAUAAGGUUGGCUGUUUCAUGGACAUGACACAAGACGCCCACCACGGUCCGCGCCUCAGACAUGCAAUGGCCCACAGUUAUCAUCCUCACACACAAGCAUCGACGGAGAUGCAUGCGCCUGGCCUUCUCAUGGACAUGAUGACGCCCGCCAGGGUCCACCCUUAUCCACUUUCUCACAGACAUCGAUAUCCUCAACGGCUUCGACUUUCGCAGGCAAAUCUGUACACCUUUGGCCCUCUCAUGGAUAUGAUCUGAUGACGCUCACCAGGGUCCACCCUUCAGACACGCAAGUGCUCACGGCUAUCACUCUCACAGACAUCGACAUCCUCAGCGGCUUCGACUUUCAAGCGCAGAGAUGUACAUCUUUGGCCUUCUCAUGGAUAUGAUGACGCUCACCAGGGUCCACCCUUCAGACAUGCAAGCCCUCACGGCUAUCAUUCUCACAAGCAUCGACAUCCCCAACGGCUUCGACUUUCAAGCACAGAGAUGCAUACCUUUGGCUUUCUCAUGGAUAUGAUGACGCUCACCAGGGUCCACCCUUCAGACAUGCAAGCCCUCACGGCUAUCAUUCUCACAGACAUCGACAUCCUCAACGGCUUCGACUUUCACACACACAGAUGUACGUCUUUGGCCUCCUCACUAGCCUCGCCACAGUGGGAGUCAGCUUCCCAGCCUUGGCGAGCAGACUUGGCGGCUUUUUUCGUUUGUCUUUCUGUCUCUUAGUGGUCAACCUGUCUAGUUGUUAACCUAUGCCCAGCGCAGCGGGCCCUUGAUGGGCCCGCUUUCUGGGCAUGUAUAGAUACAACUAUCAGAACGAAGAUCUAGGUUUAGCGUCAUCUAGAACAAGGUGUAAAUAAGUGCGACGUACAGCUAAUAUUACAUCACUCGAUAUCAAUUAUCUCUGAUAUCAACUGCGCAGUUGGCUUAGUGGUUUAGGCGUUGGCCUGUUCACUUAUCAAGCUCUAAUGUUCACAAGCUGGGAUCAAGGUUGACGAGCCGACCCCUCUGACCCCAGAAGGGAAUGCAGGCGAAACGAAACAAAAGCCGAAACCAAAGCCGUUGAAUGUUCUCAAAGGUAAAGCGGGAGGUAAAGGCGAUGGAUCCUCUUUUGUCGCUCAACUUGCACAGACUGCACAAGCUCGACGCGAGGAAAAUGAAGUUUCUCAGGCAGCCGAUGUGGGUGAUAAAGAUGAUCCAGAACUUGGAGAACCCACUAGUACAACUGGAGGAGGCAGUGGAGGUACUAGUACAAAUGCUUCUGCUUCGUCAGGGGAGGAUAGUCCGAUGAAAGACAUCAUCAAAGAGGAUCCUGAAGUUGGAAACAAUGUGAGCGAGCUCGAGAAAAACUUGCUCGAGGUGUUUCAAAAAACGGCACAUCCAGAAGAUCGCCACCAACAACUCAAAGACGAAACAACUACGCAAAGUAGAACUCAAAGUAGGCGAGUUAUUAGUGAGGUCGCAGCUGGCGUGCUCCACACUGAACAAGUAAUCGAGGUGAAAGCAGCAUUGAAGCUCUGGGUUGGAUUGGGGGAGAGCGGAACCAAGGUGUGGGACACAUAUCACAGCGCAUCGGAUGCACUGCAUAAAAAACGCGCGGCCCUAAAACGCAUCGAUAAUGUCGUCAAGAGCAUACUAUCGCAAGAAGAAGAAGACCGUGCUGUUCUUGAAGAAGAGUCAGCUGCUGAUGGCAAGAAGAAGGAUCACAUGGAAAUGAACUCGAGCAACUCGUCCGAAACAUGUAAGAGUGACGUUGACAUGUUGACCACAGCUGGCAGGACAAUUUCAUCGCCUGUUGAGCAACCACUGAGAAAUUUUCUUCGCACGGUGUUGCCUAAUAUAAUGCUGACCAUGAACUUGAUGAACGCAGGACGGUCGAAUGUUAUGGCACAUGAAGAUGGAUAAGUUCUUUUUUCCACUGUACGUGAUCAAAAUCUUCACAUGAACCAGUUAUUCAAAUCAAUUCCCUCAAGUUCUUUGUCUCCCACGGUCGUUGGUUUAAGGAGUACUGCAACUACUCUAGAGCAACAAUCUACAAGAAUUUGUACCACUGCAACUACUCUAGAGCAAGAACAAUCUACCAUUUGCACCACUGCAACUACUCUAGAGCAACAAUCUACAACUUCUUGUAUUGUCUGCGUUUCUAAUGCUCAAAGAAGUGAUGCAGCUCAGUUCGAAGAUCUUGUAAGAAUGACGCAGACGAGGACGCACUUAGAGAAGAGGAGGGAGUUUGAAAAACUUCCUACACCUAUACACAAUCCGGUGGACGUCGGCUUAACCGUUGUGCAGGAUAAGGAAGCACUGCUGACUCUCAUGAAGGCCAUUCAGGAGAAACGUCUGGUGCAUGAAAUCGUAUUUUUAUAACGCUUUUGCUAAUGAUUAUCUUAUUUCACUGUAACUGCUAAAAUACUACUGGUUGUUCCUUUGAACGCUUUUGGUUGUGCCUAAAUAGUUUUCGCUUACUAUCGCUAUCCUCUCCAUAGAUUAUCAUCUUCGUAGUAUCAUACAUUUAAUCCAAAAACUUACUUCUCCACAGCGAGAGCUACCCGAUGCAGUGCAGAUUUGCAAGGAACUGAAGCCAGAGGUUGCCUUAAAGACUUUUGUGUUGGAGGUUGCUAAGUCCUCACAGGCUCCUUCCGCUUGUUCCUACCACAAUUAAGGGUUUCCGAAUUACAUCCCUCACUACCAUCCUUGACUUUUUUUCCAGUAGGAAAAGGGUCAAGGAUGUUCUGAAGAAUGCAACUCGGCAACCUCUAACACAAUGUAGUGCAUCAAAGAGCAGGUUCAUCUUUCACUACCUGGCUCUCCAAGCAAGCCGCCGAUGUCAACGUGAACAUUCUAGAGGCACAGAAAGAGGUAAAAAGCAAGCUGGAAGUGGCAAUGGAGGCACUGGAUAUCCCUCUUUUGGAGAGCACGAGAAAUAAGGCACAAGAGGAGACUGGCGGAGGUGUAGAUGACAAGGGGUCAUCUUCUGAUAGCAAAUCACAUAUAGGUGCUGUUGGCAAAGCGGUUGCUAGCAAAGCUACAGGUAGUAAUGGACUCCCGAUACAAAAAAAAAUACUUUUAGUUUUUAUUAUAGUUUCUUGAAUUCUAAGGCCAAUGAGAUAGUUGGUAUGAUUUGAAUGGAAUGCACGUGGUUUCUCUUUUAGUUGGUUCUAGUACGACCUAGACGGACCUACGUCAGCUCCAGCGGAGUCAUCGUCAUCGUAUCUUUCUGAUUCGAUUGAAAUGCACGUCUUGAAAUGCUAAGGUUCGAUUGAAAUACACGGAUUGAAAUGCACGGGAUGAUUCGAUCAAAAUUCAUCUAAGGUCUUCAAGCAGAUUAAGAAUUAGAAUACUUCUCCUGCUCAUUCCACCUUCAGCUCCAGUCGGCUCAUUUUGGCAUAAGGACAAGGCUUUGCGCGAUCACAUGAAAGGGCUUUCAGAGUUUCUCGAUUAUUGUGUCAAAUCUCUCGGACGUUGGAAGCUACCUGGAACGACGGGUGGGAAGUUAUGAUUGGAAGGACGUGGUCCAGUAGAGUUGAAGAGAUAUGUUUAAGAGAAGUAUUAGGUAAGAAUAUGUAUGCGAGCAUGGGAGAUUUGGCUUUUAUCUCAAGGGGCAUAGGUUGUUUGUUGAUGGGGUAUGAUGAGAAUUAGCAAAUUUUCCAAUCCCAUCUCGCCAUGAAGGACGGAGCUUCUAAUACGAAGUGCUCCCGUUAGGAAAGGAAGCGGUGUCGUGUCCUCAACAACAUCGACUGCAAGGCGACUCAAGCCGCAGGCACCAGCACUGGCGAGAGGCCAAGGCCCUUCUAGUAAGGGCGCCGAAGGAGCACCAGGUUGUGACAAUCAUCCAGAGCACUUCACUGUUCAAGAGCAGUUAACUAUUCCAGGGCGUUUCACCGUUCAAGGAGAACUACAGGGUAGUAACAGCGCGAGCAGCAACAUGUCGAAUAGAGCUGAAGGUGAAAUGAAUACGAGUACACCAGCACCAGCGGAUACUAGGUCUACUCCUAGUGCAGCCGUGGUAGAUAGGGGAGCUUUCUUAGAAGUUGAACCGUCUUCAGGGGAAGAAGUUUUUCAGAGCAGCUGUACUGGCGAAGUGUGUAGUGCUAAGAGCAGUUGUCUUGAAGGGCCACUGUCUAAGGAAGGAUCUGAGAAAAUGCCUUCUUCUGCUGAGGGAGGGUUACGUCGACGUCGACCGGCAACGAGCCGUAAAGCGGUCGCCCGGCAACAGAAGCCGCAACAAAGGGAUCGUUCAGAUCUUCCAGAAGUGUCAUUAAUCACGAACGAUUGAUCUCCCGCACUAAGGUAAUACAAAAUAGGCAGUGCAAGAGAUGUUGAUAGGUUGAAGACAUGCUUGAACAGGGGAUCAUUACUGAGCAUUUUGAAGUGGUCUAACGUACUAGGUAGUACGUUGUACGGAGCAGAAAAACUGUUCUUUCAUAAAGACCACAAGCUGCUACGCCUGAUGAGAUCACUAGGCCUGCUUGUUACUCACAAGAAUUGCUGAGUGGUGUUUUUGAAUAAUCAAUGUGGUUGAUUAUGUCCUUGAGUUGUUGCUUGUUCAGUGUUAUAUAUAAUAUGUAUAAGAUUAGAGUUUUUAGGAAUCGUAUUCCGUGCUUUCUAGUAUGAUUUGGAUUUAUAGCCUUUAAUUUGGAUCAGGAGAUAGGCAUUUCAAUAUUGCGACCUUCAUCCUCGACCUUCUUCUAUACUGAAGAAUCAAUCUACAAAGGAAAGGAUUUUAAUCAUGUUGAAGCAUGACAGGAGUAGACACAUGACAUCAAAGACCGGGCUUCAAGUUUCUCGAGUUCGUUGUAAACGACACGGAAAAUAAGAUGAUGUGAGGGGACCCGCACGUUUCAAUACAAAGAACAUAAGCAUUAGACAUGUUUCGAUGUGUAAGUGUAUUAUGAAUGUAUUUGCUUCAGCCACUGUCACAAGCGUGCACUAUAUUUUGUUGAUGAAUUAUGCAAGAAAAAGGAUCUGGAUGAUGAAGAUUAUCAGCUCUGAUUGUUGUACUUGAAAUAGUACGCGACGUGAGUAUCAGGAUAACAUAUUGUCAUUUCAAUAUUGAAGGAAAUAGAUCUUUGGACGCUUCUCGUUUCAUUCAAA